AACCACGUCUUGAAGGAGACUGCUUUAUUCUUUGGUCAAGGAGAAGAAGAGAAAUGUACAUAGUGUAAGUGGAAUAGCUUGUUUUCUAUCAUGCAGAAUUAGGGAGGAGGAAGAUCAAAUAAGAAGUAGGUAGGAGGUAGGAUAGGUGCAAACAUUGGUCUUUACAGGCAGAGGAGCAGACUUAAAGGCUGAACUUGGAUGUGCAGCUACAAAAAGAAUGAAGUUCACUGUUUGGCCGGUGAACGGGACAGCAACAAAACUGCAAUCCUGACCUCUCCCGACGUCCAAAAUCACUGGCCUGAGAGGCACAGAUUUGCUGUGGGCGCCCCAGAGGGAAGGGCUCUAGACUGAGGCAGAAUAGAGGAAGAGUUAGCCAGUGUGACAGUGGCAUGUAGAGGGGGACAAGAACACACAAAGAGGCUCGGUGUCAGCCAUCAAGCUGCGGCCACUGUGUGGAGUAGUUAUCCGGUCUUGGCCAAGUUUGUCCAGAUGAGAGUCCAGAAGGUGACUAACAGGAUGAGGCCUGGCGGCCAUGUGGUCCCGCAGGGAUUACAAGCAGCAAGAAGAAGGUAAAGAGAUUAGGCUCAAAACAGGAGCCUGCUUUUUUAACCUCGUCAUUGUUGUCACACUGACAGCGUAGGAGGAAGCUCCUGAGCCAAAAUUCCAUCUCCUGCGCUCCUUCCCUACCUUCCCACUGCUCAUUCAUCCAUACGGCCACGCCUGUCAUCUGCAGGACAUCCAGGAACUAGCCACUUGGGAAACUGACCAGGAACUACAAGUAUAGGAUUGGAUUGGAAUCCCUGAUUUGAUGCCGUUAAGAGCUUGCCAGCACGCAUGAAGAGGCUUGUGCACACUCUGCUAAUGGACUUAAGAUAAAGAGACUCUGGAUUUUAUUGUUGUGGUUGCUCGCAACUAUCUCUUCACAAAUGACAACUUCAGGCUUGAACAACACAUAAAUUAGCCCAUCAUGCUUUUGAAGUCGGGACUAUUCCUCACUUUGUGUCUGUUUACGCUGCAAGCAAGUCAAAUCAAAGACCUUCGUGACAAUGGCUUUUCUGGACUCAGGGAUGUGAGGUACCGGCACUUCCUAGAAGCCUCUAGGCCGAUCAGGCAUGCAACCAACGUCAGAGGAGAGCAGGAUGGCCGUCGGACGAAGAGGUCGGCGGUCUUAACCACGGGUGUCAAAGUGUGUCCUCAGGAGACAAUGAAAGCAGUCAUUGGUAGCCACCGGGCCUAUUACAAGCUCAGAGUUUGCCAAGAAGCGAUUUGGGAGGCAUUUCGAAUCUUCUUGGACAGAGUCCCAAACUCAGAGGAGUACAGAGCCUGGGUUUACACCUGCCAACAUGAAAACCUGUGCAUGGACGACCUGGCCCAGAAUUUCAGCAGCUCUCAGGAGCACCUUGACAUGGUGGCCAGGAGAGUAGCUGAGGAGUCUGGAAGUGAAGGGAUUGAAGCUGGAACCAUAGAACCAGACAGGGAAUGCACCUGGACUCCUCCUUUCAUUCUGCUUCCAACCGAGACAGACGUGAUUGAAGAGGAUCCCAACAUGAUAAAAGAGAACUAUGAGGAAUACAUUGUGGAGUUCAGCGUCACCAUUGUGGACCGGACGUACAGCGAACUGCUCAGCGACCCCGAGGCUCCGCAGUUCAGCGACGCGACGAGAGAGCUCACAGACAAGAUGCUUCAUGUGUUCAAAAAAGUUCCAGGAUUCAAAGACAUCCGUGUUCUGGGCUUUCGAUCGGAGGACGUGUCUGUGCGCUACGCUGUUGUCUUUAAUGGAGAAACGGAGCUCAACGAUGAACCCGAGGGUUUGGAGGCGGCAGACACGGAGAAUGGCGAGGACAUCAAUGCUCCUAAGCUCAAGUACAUAAUCGUGAAGGCCUUAAAAGAGGAGCCCUCGCUGCCUCUGGAUAUAGAGACGCUCAGCUUUGAGGCUGUAAACACAGUUUAUCCGGUUGCGGAGCUCGGCAUGAACCAUCUUGAGACAGUAGUAUCGGACACUAUGCCGGCACCGACAGAGGACAGCACUCCCACCCAAAGGUUCUUCCCCACCGUGGCUGUGAUUGGGAACUCGUUAGAAGCCUAUACCAUCGAAGCGGAAACACACACCUUCGUGCCUUUUAUCCCCAACGUCACGCCAGAAGCCACAUCGGCUGCGGAGAAUCCUCUAAUGGCGGCAGUAGAGGAGGAGGAGGAGUCUGCACAAGAAUCUGCCGAGGAGGCCGAAGACGUUCUGCCACCAGAAGAGGAAGCAGAGGCAGAGGUGGAGGACAUACCACCGACUGAACAAGACGAAGGAAGUAAGGCUGAAACUGAGGAUCAGGUGACAGACGAACCUAAACCAGCUGAGGAAUAUCCAGACAAUGAAGACCUUUCUGUGGCAACUCCAGACUCCCAACCUCAACCAGUGCUUACUGAUGCACCUGCUGAGAUUACCGUUGACCUACCACAGUCUACAGAACCCACAGUUCCAGAGGUAUCCGUCACGGAAGCAGCAAUCCCAGUUCCCACCCCAUCAUCGAAAGAAAACCCAGUUCAAGCCAUUGAACCAGAAGAUGAUGAGGAGCCACUGCCAGACCCAGUGGAACGCGAAGAAGGCCCACAGGAUAGUAAUGAUUCGAGUGGAGUGGCCCCGGGAACAGUGGACCUUCCUGCUGAUACAUCCGUCAUUCAACAGGAUGCAGGGCCAAGUCGAAACGCAACAGAGAUGGAACUGACCGACCAAGAAAAUGGCAGUGGAUUCGCUUCUGAGUACGAUGAACGCCCGUAUGAAUCCACGGCCGCCCCAGCCAUGAGACAAGCCAGCACACCUCUGAUGGCAACAGUGGCUAAAAACAAAGAGUUAGUGGUUUUCUUUAGCUUAAGGGUCACCAACAUGAUGUUUUCUGAUGACCUGUUCAACAAGAGCUCCCCUGAAUAUAAGUCACUGGAGAAUACGUUUCUUGAACUGACACAGCACUCUGGGUCCAGACACUCGCCAAACCCUGGAGCUUCCAGUAAAUCUGGGCCUGGGAGACAGACGACUUUAGCCUCCAUACCGCUUUUGCCAUAUUUACAGUCCAAUUUGACUGGGUUUAAGCAGCUGGAAAUUCUAAACUUCAGGAACGGAAGCGUCGUGGUGAACAGCAGGAUGAAACUGGACAAGCCGGUACCUUAUAAUGUCACGGAGGCGGUUCACUGUGUGCUCGAGGACUUCUGCAACGCAGCAUCCAAACGGCUCGACAUCGAGAUUGACAGUCGCUCCUUGGAGGUCGAGCCAGCUGACCAAGCAGAUCCCUGCAAGUUCCUGGCGUGCAAUGAGUUCUCGCGCUGCGUGGUGAACAGCUGGACCGAAGAAGCCGAGUGCUUGUGUGAUCCUGGGUACAGCACCGUGGACGGCCUGCCCUGUCAGAGCACCUGUGCGCUGCAGCCGAACUACUGCCUGAACGGGGGCCAGUGUGAAAUAAUCCCAGGGCACGGAGCCACCUGCAGGUGCCCUGUAGGUAAAUACUGGCACUACCAUGGAGAACGCUGUCACGAGCUGGUGUCGAUGCCUGUUGACCCUCAGCUCAUUGUGAUCUGCCUCGUGGGGAGCCUCUGCCUCGUCUGUGCCGUCAUUGGCAUUUUAAUAUUCAUAAACAAGAAAUGCGUAAGAACCAGGAAGGCUGUAACGUUGGUGCACACCCUCGCUCCGUAUGCCUUUGAGAAUACUUUGAGGGUGAACCCGGUAUUUGAGAAUGACGAUGGGGUCUUAACUCAAGUGUCCACAUUACCAUGUUCUUCAAGUUCUGCCUCCUCCCAGUCCCAACACUCUGAGCAAGAACAUUUUGCCUCAAUCGAAAACAUACGUCUCAGUAUCGAGAUCCCCAGACAACUCUACACAACAAGAUCAGAAAAGUUAGUCUCAGAAAUGGUGGAUUUUCACCACUGUAUACCACACAAUGAGAUCUAUGACAUAUGCCAAAGACGUGGCAGCUACCAAAUGAAUACAGAACAUGUUGUCUUUUAAGGGCAUCAGAUAACGAGUGUUUCGAGGUGACGGUUCUCUAAUGACACGGCGUUCGUCUGCGGAGCCGCCAGCACAGACAUGAGUCACGGGCAAAACAGAGACUGAUGUCGCUGGAUGUUGGUGUCAUGUACAGAUGCAGAUACAGUAGACCAGUGAGUUCAUAGUGAUCAAAGCGUCUCGUUAGACAGAGAGCUAUGGAUAUGAAGGUGGACUUAGGCUGUGUUUAAGUGGAACCUAAUAUUUAUUUGAUAAUGGUAGGAACAUUUCCUGUAUAGCCUUGGCAAAAGGUUGUUCUUUCCUCACAAUGAGGUAUUUAUUAUUGACACACUGAUACACUCGGCGGUAUCCCGUGUUUAGGGUUAGGGUUUAAUACUGUUUGUUCUAAUGUCGUUCUGUAACACUGUUGGGUCCCAAAAAGAGAAUGAAUGUAUAAGCUGUUGACUUCUGACACUGUUUAUAGAACUACUUGCAUCCAUCUGACCUUUUCACAACAACUUUCAAUCACUAAUCAUUUGUGUAUUGACAAUUGGACUUCUUUUCUUUUUUUUUUUUUUUUUUUUUACAUUUUACAUUU